AUGGUCACCCCGGAGGCCGGAUCCCCCCCAGUACCCGUGCUCACCCCGGAGGUUGCCACCCCCAUACCCGUGGUCACCCACGGAGGUCGGGCCACCUCCAUACCCGUGGUCACCCAGGGAGGUCGGCCCCCACCCCAUACCCGUGGUCACCCAGAGGUCGCCACACCCCGUACCCGUGCUCACCCCGGAGGUCGCCCCCCCCCCGUACUCAUGGUCAUCCCGGAGGUCGGAUCCCCCUCUCCAACCAGGGGUCACCCCGGAGGUCAGACCCCUGUACCCGUGCUCACUCCAGAGGUCGGCUCCCUGUACCCGUGCUCACCCUGGAGGUCGGACCCACCCUCAAACCCGUGGUCACUCACAGAGGUCGGCCCCCCCUAUACCCGUGAUCACCCUGGAGGUCGGCCCCCCAUACCCGUGUUCAUCCCAGAGGUCGGACCACCCCCCCCCCCCGUACCCGUGGUCACCCCGGGGCCGAGCAGGCGGAGCCGGCGGGGGCGGGGCAGGGCCCGCAAAGCCCUGGGGUCGUCCAGCACAGUGAUCAGGAGGCUCGGAGGCAAAUGA